CGCAACCAAAGCGCUCCGAAUGCCGGAGAUAACAGACCUAAACUUGAUUGUCAACAUGGCAACACGUGCGUGUGGCUUCGUGAUAUUCCGACGCUUUAAAGGACCAAUCGAGUAUUUAUUAAUGCAAACAUCGUAUGGGCAACAUCACUGGACUCCUCCAAAAGGACACGUUGACGAGGGUGAGAGUGACAUGGAGACUGCUUUACGAGAAACUGAGGAGGAAGCAGGCUUAAAGAGAGAGGAUUUAAGGAUUUUUGAAGAUGCAAAAGCAGAGUUGAGGUACAAUGUCAAAGGAAAACCCAAAGACGUUAUUUAUUGGUUAGCUGAGCUCAUUAAGGAGGAACGUGACGCUCGCUUAUCAAGUGAGCACCAAGACUUUGCGUGGCUUACGCUUGAUGAGGCCUGCAAGCUCUCCGGCUACGAGGACAUGCAGAAAAUACUACGUAAAUUCGAUAAAUACAUUGCUGAGAAUCUUCAGUAGGUUUUCAACUCGUUGAGAAAUCGAUUGAUUGGAUGUAUGAUUGUCAUAAAUGGGAAAUAUUGUAUAGCAA